AUGGAUUCCAAUAGCAACCCUGAUGUGACCACCUUACCCAGCAUCGCUGGUUUAGUUCGAGAAUCUGCCGUAGACGCCACUUCAACUUUGCCGCGUUCGACGGGAGAUGAAUCGAUACCUUCACGGACUGACUUGCUGCAGCCCACAGCAAGUCCCUCUAUCUCUCGUCGAUCUCCCCGUCGAUACCUCUCAGAUUGGCUAUGCGGAAAAAGCAACAAAGCUUUGAGAGAGGCGAACGAGACUCUGAGCACGGAAUUAGCGAAAUUACACAAUUCCAACGCGAGCCUUGCGAAGGAACUGAACAGUCUCGGAAAAACCGUUCAUCGCGAUUGGUCGGCAGGCUAUGAACUCGGUCCCGCCAUAAUGAGAGAGAAAAUCGCCACUUUAACAAAACAAAUGACAGAAAGUUUGGCUCAGGAAAGGUUGAAAUCGCUGUCAAAACACAUGUCAGAUAUAGCCAUCCGAAUCAACGAGAACUACUCUCUGCAAGAGCAGUUUAUGACUGAUGUUGUAUCCAAUGCAGAAACAAGUGAGAUUCACUACACAGCACAUAAUUUGGUAUGUAGACGAUACAUCAAGUGGCAGAAUGCCCGUCAGGAAUAUUUGGACAAUAAUGAUGACGGUCCAGACCUCUUGUCCUCAUCCUGUACCAGCAGAUUAGUUCAGGAUCUAUCUAAGAUCAAACCGCACCUAUCGAAAGCUGAAGAAGGUUUUCAUAUAGGAUACACUAUCUCUGGGAACGCAGAGGAUAAAGAUGGGGAUGCAAGUUAUUGCGAUAUUCCAGAUAGAGCAUUUGUUCUGGAUAAAGCUACUCGAUGGUGUUUGUUGGAGAGAAAUCCAAAGAACCGAUCCAAAGCCUCAGGCUAA